AUGUAUCUCAAUCUGAGCCUCCUUGCCACAGUGCUUUCAAUCAGUCGGCUUAGCUCUGCUAAGCCUAUCGAUGGGAAAGUACACGCUGUAAAACGGGAAGACCCGGUGUCUUACCCUUACGGCGACGCACUCACCAACGAAUUCCAGUGGCUGGGCUGGGAUCCCGAGGACGAAGAUCAAAAGAAAGACGGACAGAAGAUACACGAAGCGUUCAAACAAUGGGCAGACCUAGCCAAAGCAGGCGUUACUGCAGUCCAAGGAGCACCCGAUAACGUGCACUUCAAACGCUUCUUCGGCAAGCAAGACGCAGAGGACACCAAAGCCAUCCAAAACACCAUGACAAACAUGUAUGACAACACGGCAAACACGGCCACAAAAACCAUAAAGAAGAUGGUUCUAGACCGUAAGGACUUUGGCGACCAUUGUGUCAAAGACGGCUGGUUUGCCUACACAGAUGCCCCGACUGGAAAGUUUCACAUAUGCCCCAAAGGCAUUGCUAUGAAGCAAAACUCGGAUGUUCAAUGCGCAGACUUCAAGCGAGACUGGAUCACUUUCACGGCUCGGACGCUGCCUUUCGCGAUGCUACACGAGUUCACGCACUACGACUUUGUGACGGAUGACAGGAUUGGCCUGAUGGAGGAUCACGCUCAAACUUCGUACGAUUGCUUCAAGCUGGACGACGAAGAGAAGCAAUCGAAUGCCCAGAAUUACGCGUUCAAUGCUGCAGAGCAAUACUGGUCCGAUAAAUGUCCAGACAAGGACUUCAAGGACCCUCAGUAUGUCGCACCAUCACCAACUCCCACGCCCACGCCCACACCAACACCAACACCCGAACCGGAACCCGUAGCCCCCUACGCCGACCAACCGGGCCAAUGCCACAUCCACGUCAACGAGUACGAAACCUGCGACUCGCACGACGAAAACCUCAGCGUCGAAAUAACCAUGUGGGACGUUUCCGGCGCCCAAAUCGGCUACGUCGACCGGACCGUCGCCGGAGCCGGAAACCCACUCAUGAUGAAGAGCAAGCUAGAAAACACGCUCGAGGUAACGCCGGAGAACCAGAAGGAUUACAUCCAAUUCACCCUUGGCGGGCAGUCGUGGGCGACGAACAAGGAUAACGAUGAGAGUGCGCCGGCGUAUUGUAAGUGGUACGGCUCAGGAGUCUAA